AUGACCACAGCUAUCAAUGGUACAGCUGUUGACCUGACGAGCUCCCCACCGCUCGCAGCUACCGACUCGCCCGAGCCAGUCAUCUCCCUGCAUACCCUGGCCUCCGGGCUGGACGCCAACCCCCUCGAUAUCCCCUCCUUCCUCACAUCCCUCCUCCCUCCCUCCGCCUCCCUCUCCGAUCUCGACACAUCCCUCAAUGACCUCCUCACCCGCCUUACACUCCUCUCGCAGGACACCUCAUCGGCGCUCGAGCAAUCUAUCUCGGACAUAUCCCGUACAGUCCCUCGGCUGAAUUAUGACCUCCAGUUCAUGCGGGAGAGCGCUGCGACGCUGCAGUCCAGCCUGGACUCGGUUCAAGGCCGGGUGAAGCGGGUAGAGGAAGCCAAGAGAGAGGGAGAAGGCUCCAACGCGGCGUCCACCAAGAGUUUGGACAAGCUCGCGCACCUCGACAAGCUCAAAACGCGGAUGGAGUCCGCUCGGGAUAUUCUGCGCGAGGCGGAGAGCUGGUCCACGCUUGAAUCGGAAAUCACGUCGUCCAUCUCCUCGUCCGAAUGGGAGAAGGCGGGGGCGCGGCUAGCAGAAGCGGAACGGUCGAUGGUGGUGUUCCAGUCGACGCCGGGGGAGUACGAGUCACGGAAGGCGCUACUGGUCUCGUUGCAGAAUGGGCUGGAGGCGGCGCUGGCGACGGCGUUGGAGCAGGCGCUGGAGGCGGCGGAUGCGGAUAAGUGUGCAAGGUUCUAUGGGGUCUUCGAGAGUAUGGGUAGGGAGGCCGAGUUCAGGAACUACUACUAUACGCAGAGGCGGAAGGGGGUACUGGACGAAUGGGCGGCGUUCGAGGGAGGGGACGGACUGGCGGGGUUCCUCCCUCACUUCUAUACGGUGCUGGGACAUACGCUGGAGAAGGAGGUGGAGCAGAUAGGGAGAAUCUACCCCGCUGGGAGUGGACAAGGGGUACUGGCGGCCUUCAUCCAGAGGACGCUGGAGGGACUCUCGCCGUCUUUGCAGACGCGGCUUGGGAGCAUGGCGGACGCACAGGGACCGACCGCGCUACCGGAGCUCAUUAAGGCGUACAAGGCGACCGAGGAGGUGUCGCUCGCUAUCCACGCUAUCCUGGAUCGAAUGGCGACUGAAGCUCCACCCCUAUCACCCAACACUCCCACUCGCGCGACUCCCCGAAAACGUGACUUCCCUAGGUCGGUAUCGGACAUCGCAUCUCAGCGGGCAUCUCAGCUCCUGUCAUCCCCGGAAAAACGGUCAAACUCAUCCAUCAAUCCGGACCAGUGGGAGUCUACCCUCUUUGAGUCUUUCCUGGACCUUCAGUCGGCCUACUCUACCCUGGAACGUCGAUACCUCUUACACCUGCUCCGGUCUCACUCCUCCUCGGCGAAGCGGGAUGCCAACGCCUUGUCGGACCGCUCGGUCUCCAUGUUCAGCAUGGCCGGAGACGCCAUCUCCCGCUGUAUGGCGUUCACGCACGGGUACGGUGCGCCUGGGCUGCUCAUUGCCCUGGGCGACUUCCUCGCCUCUUUUCUCGAGGGCAGUCACUCGGUGCUGGACGUGCAGCCCGUGGUCGUGCAGGAUGAGCUGGACUUUGGGAUGGACUACUCUACGGAAGACUGGACGGCUUUCCAGUCGGGAUUGCAUGUCCUCAAGGUGUGUAGAGAUAUCUCGGGUCGGCUCUCCUCAUUCGAGGAGAAGCUGCGUACAUCGCUCGACCACGCUCUCGACCCGCCUCCGCCUACAUCCACCCCAACUGGUGCAGUCGAGCUCCUCCGCCAGUCCACACUCAACUCUUCGGACCUCCACACCCUCAUAUCGAGCCCACCCCGCGUCCUCCUUCCUCCAGCCACCAAAGCCUUGUCCGACUUAACAGCCGCCGCUCAGAUCUCUUUGUCAAGCAUUAUCCUCUCCCCCCUUCGGUCCGCCCUAUCUACCUACCCUUCUUUACCAGUAUGGUCCUCACAACCACGUACAGCCCGUCGAGACGGUCUCUCCAUCCCCACCUUCUCCCUCUCCCCUACGGAUACUAUCGCACGCGUCUCGGAAGGCCUUCUCAACCUUCUCCGGGUAUUCGAGGUGUACGCCAAAGACCCCGCUCUAGGCCACAGCCUCGCCACUCUUCCCUUUAUCCCGGCCUCGGCACUCCCUCCCGCUUCGUCCACGCCAGCAGCGCCAGAGCUGGUACUCUCAACCUGGAUCGCUUCCCUUGCGCUCACGCUCCUCGCGCACCUCACGCGGACUACACUACCGUCAUUACCGAGGCUGACAACACCGGGGGCGAAUCAGCUAGCGGCAGAUCUGGGGUAUUUGGGGAAUGCGGUUCGAGCGCUGGAUGUCGAAUGGGCAGAUCUGGAGCGAUGGCGCGAGGGAGCAGAGAUGGAUGAAAGUGGAUGGAAAGCAAAGAUGACGGCGGAGAGCGGAGGUGAGGGGGCGGAAGUGUGGGUCAGAAUAGGGGAUCUUAGGGGAUGGACGGCAUAG